AUGGAGCUAGUUGUGUCUGCAAUCACAGGCGACUUAGUCAAUCGAUUCAUAUCCUUCUUGAUCAAGAAGUAUGAGGGCCAAGAAAACCUUGAGCAGAAGAUGGUGGAAAGGCUACAGCAUCUCCUUCUUCGGGUUCACAUGGUCGUCGAGGAGGCCGAGGGGCGAUACAUCAGCAACUCCAAGAUGCUGCUUGAGCUCAAGAGGCUUGUGGAUGCCAUGUACCAUGGGUACCAUGUCCUGGACACCAUCAAGUCCAGGACUACUACCCUUUGCAUAAGCUCUGGGGAAGAUGAAGAGGUUAGCAGCAGCAGCAGCUCCAAUACCUUGUCAUCAUUUACAAAUUCAGUUAACUGUUUUGGUGCCACAAGGAGCAACGCUACGAACCGUGAUGAGCUUGCAAGUGCAUUGGAUAACUUAGAAACCAUGGUCUCCAACAUGACCGAGUUCGUCUUGCUUCUCGGCAGCUGCGAGCGCAUGUUUCGCGGUCCUUACGACACGCACCUGUACAUCGACAACUUCAUGUUUGGCCGCCAAGUAGAAAAGCAGCAAGUCAUGAGUGUUUUGCUGCAAGAAAAUCUUCCUGAUCCUUUUGCGCCAGCAGUGCUCCCGAUCAUCGGCAUCAGUAGAGUCGGUAAGAAAACUCUCGUCGCGCAUGUUUGCAGCAACGAGAGAGUCAGAUCACACUUCUCUUCAGUCCUGCACUUGAACGGCGAAAACAUCUGCAAAAUGGAGUAUGACGAAGCUUCCAUUCCAGCUGGGCCUGGGAGGACUUUGGUUGUGGUUGAAUUCGCUUCAGACAUUGACGAUGAGAGCUGGCAGAAAUUCAGUUCAUCAGCCAGACGUAUGGGCAGAGGAAGCAAGAUCAUAAUCAUAAGCAGGAUCGAGAAACUAACAAGGCUGGGAACCGUGAGGCCGGUGCGCGUAAACAGCUUGUCGCUGGAGGAAUACAGCUACCUCUUCAAGGUCCUUGCAUUCGGAAGCACGGACCCGGAGGAGCACCCCCGGCUAGCAUCGGUAGCAAAUGAGCUCGCAGUGCUGAUGGGAGGCUCACUGGUGACAGCGAAUGUGUGUGCCGACAUCUUCAGAAAUAAUCAGAACGUUGAGUUCUGGCUCCACGUCCUGAACAAGUACAGAAAUGUGGUGGCCAGUAACCUCUCGACAUUCCGGGAACAUCCAAAGCUUCGCAUGGAGAGAGAUCGUCGCAUCGAUAUAACAAAGCUUGUGUCGACUUCGACGUCUGCUCCCCUUCAUCUCAUGCCUCCGCACUGCGGAGACGAUGAUUCGACGAGGGGUCUGCCUAAGGUGAGGUUUGGGGACCUGAUAGCUGGCUCUGCUGUUGUACCAAAAGAGGAGUUUGAGCUAGUCGCCAGGGAAUCACGGAUACCACCGUAUAAGAAGUUUCUGAACGUUGCUAAGUUUUCUGAUCAGUUGAAGAGCUCUCGACGGCAGCAUAGAAGACCCUCACCUAGCAACAAGCGCCAACGGUUGGAUUGA